AUGGCAGGCGACAGAUCCUCGUCCGCUUCGAAUGGGGACCCACGGUCCUUGGCACACCAGAUCAAUGUGGCCAUAGCCUCGAGUCAUACCAAGAUUAACAGGCUCAUCCUCGAUCGCAUGCCCCGGGCGGUGCCUCCUCACACCAGCAACCCCUCGGCCUAUAUCACCGGCCUCAUCCACAUCGGUGCCGUCUACAUCGCCUUCGAGUCUCUCUGGCAGAGCAUCUUGGGCAUUCACUCGGACAUCGCGCCAGUGCCUUACGUUUUUCCCUUCAGCGCCGACCCGUGCCAGCACGAUGAGACCCCUCAGAUCACCGAAAGGACCCGGCAGAUUCUCGAAGAGGCCUAUUGGCCUAACAUGGUGCGAGUGGACCGGAUCAAGGCAGAUAUCCGGGCCAUGACGGGCUGGCCAGCUCAUGUUAUUGACGAGCAGAUCAGGUCCGCUGGCACGUCAGGUCGCCUAGGGAAGUUCACGCUUCAUGUCAGAGACUCGGUCCUCGCCAAACCACAUCUCCUGCUGGCGUACGCCUACUCCCUCUAUUUAGCCCUAUUAUCUGGUGGCUCCUACAUCAGGGCCGAAUUGCUGUGUUUGAAACCACAAUUCUGGCACGAAACGCCGACACCCAUCAGGCCGCACAUGGUCGGAUGUAGACCUCAACAUGCCUCUUCCGCCGGGCGUGAGCGCCUAAGCACGUUUGAAGACAACUCUUCUAUUAAGAUCCCGCUAGACUUCUUGGAUUUCGAUCCCCCGCUUGGCGAGCACCCUCGCCAGCAGUGUAAGGAGCUGAAGGCAGAGUUUAAGACACGGUUUGCUCGGGCCGAGCAGCUACUGGCCGGGCCGGAGAGGCAGGAUAUCGUCGAGGAAUCUGCGGCUAUCUUUCAUCACCUAGAGGGGGUGGUAGGACAGCUGGAUGCGAUAUUUGGCACCUCCCAGGCACAGGGCUUUGGUGGGCAGAAGGCCUCUCACGCGCCAACGUACUCCACAAGGGUUUCGAAUAUAGGUUCCCGACUGCGAGAUAGCAUAGCCAUCGCGAAGGUCAGGUUGUUGGGU